AUGCACGAGUCUUUCACAAUGGCAGCAAACGGACCCUUCUCAGGAUGGUGGAUGACCCCAGUCCAAGCCAUCGCCGCCCUCAGCGCCGGCAUCAACUGCGGUGCCUCCGGCCUCCAAUCCCCUCUGACAAUGCCCAUGCUCGAGCUCCCCGAGAUCCCGACCGUCUACGCCGGCAAGCAGCUCCGCUGGCUCCUCGCAAAGUCCGACGUCAUCUUCCCACGAGUCAAUGGCUUCGGCACGCUGAGCAACCUCGCCUUGACGGUCAUCUGCUACCUCAAGUCCGAUCAAAGUAGAGCCGCGAGCGAGAAGCUGCCAAUCUUGAUGACGGCUUUCUUGUGCAAUGUUGGUGCUACCGUGUGGACUUUGGUCUUCAUGCUGCCGAGGAAUAAUGGCAUGAGGAAGUUCUCCAAGGCUGUGGAAGAGAAUCCAGAGGAUACGAAGAGUGAAAGGGAGUUCAGGAGGAUACAGGGCGAAUGGAAGAAGUACGCUAUUGGUCGUGCUACGCUUAUGCUCUUCGCAUCUGCUGCUGGGAUUUACUCGGUCUUCGUCGAUGGCAAGUUCGCGAACUAG